AUGUCCGUCUGCAGUUGGGUUUCAGAUGAACUUUAUACGGUUUUGGGAUUUUCCGAUCAGCUCAUUUCGGAAUUUCUUAUAAGUUUAGCCGAGAAAUCUACUUCACCAAACGAUUUCAUUGACAAGAUCAAGAAUGCAGAAGUAGUUGAAGUUAACGAAGUCGUCACUAAAUUUGCGAACGAACUCUGGUCUAAGGUACCCCAUAAAACAGUACAAAUUAAGCCAGCCAGAGAAAAAGAAGCAAGAGCUAUAAAAUUACAGCAAAAAAAUAAAAGCUAUCAGUUAAUUCCAUACGAUGAAGAUUUAGGUGAGAUAAAUGUUCCGGUUAAAAAAAGCGAAAAUGAGAUUAAAAAAAGUGAAAAACGCAAGCAUCUCAGAGAAAAAGCAUUUGAUGAUGUGGAUGAUGAUCAUUUUCAAGAACAAGAUAAAACUUUAAAAAAAAUGAAAUAUUCAGACAAUAGUAGUGAUGAAAGUGUUAAAGACAUGAAAGAACGAGAUGAAUUUACUGAGAGAUUAAAAAAUCGAGACAAAGAAAAAACUAGACAAGUAAUUUCAAAAUCAGAAAAAAAGGCGAAAGAAGAGGCUGAAAAAAGAUUAAAGCUAGAGACUGAGAACAGAAAAGUAAUAAUUCCUGAUUUAAGAAAAAUAUCAAGAAGGGAAUACCUAAAAAAAAGGCAUGCUGACAAGAUAGAAGAUUUAGAGAUGGAAAUAAGAGAUGAGGAAUAUUUUUUUGGAGGUAUUGAAAUGACUAAAAAAGAAAAAUUAGAAGUUGAUUACAAAAAAAAUAUUUUGAAAUUAGUGAAAGAUCAUAAAAAAGCUUCAGAAGUAGAAAAGGUUGGAAGGUACUACAUGCCUGAUGGAACUGAAGAUAUUAAAGGGAAAUAUGUUGAAGAUCCAAAUGAAAAAGGACUUAAUUUUGAACACAAACGCUGGGAAGAAGAACAUUUAAAUGCAGCUUUAAUUUCAUUUGGAGCCAAAGAUGCCAAAGAUAAAUAUAAAAAAAAUUAUGACUACAUAUUGGAUGAUGAAAUUGAAUUUGUAAAAGCUUUGCAAAUACCUGGUACAGAAAAUUGUGACAAAAAAAAGUUAUCUGCUGUUGAUAUUAAACGAAUGACAAUUAAAGAGUGUAAAAAAAAAAUUCAAAGAACAAAUUUAGGCAAUGUUGUUUUGAUGCUGAAGAGUUUAGGCAUUCAUGAUCUUCUACAUUUUGAGUUUAUGGACCCUCCUCCUCACGAGUCUCUUAUACUUGCACUGGAGCAGUUAUAUGCAUUGGGUGCAUUGAAUCGCCAUGGUGAACUCACAAAAACGGGCAGAAAAAUGGCAGAGUUUCCAGUUGAUCCAAUGGUUUCCAAAAUGAUAUUGGCUUCUGAGAAAUUUAAGUGUACAGAAGAAAUAUUAACAAUUACAGCUAUGUUGUCUGUCAGCAGUUCUAUAUUUUACAGACCUAAGGACAAACGUAUUCAUGCUGAUACAGCUCGACAAAGUUUUUAUUGCAAACCUCAAGCUGUGGGUGACCACCUGACACUACUAAAUAUUUAUAACAGAUGGGAAGAAACUGGAUUCAGCACUCAGUGGUGCUUUGAAAACUUUGUACAACACAGGUCAUUAAAGAGAGCCAGAGAUGUCCGUGAUCAAUUGAUGGGUCUCAUUGAAAGAGUAGAAAUAGAACCUACAAGUUCUGAAGAUAACAUUGCAAUCCGAAAGGCAAUAACGGCAGGAUUUUUUUAUAAUACUGCCAGAUUGGAUAAAAGUGAGUUUAUGAGGCAGGUCAUUGCCAUUGAAAACGCAUGGCUGCUUGAAAUUGCGCCGCAUUAUUAUAAAGAAAAAAAUCUUGUUGACGGAUUGCAAAAAAAAAUGCCAAAGCAGAUGGGCAAAUCGAAAGAUGAGUUACGGAAAGGAUGUCACUAG